CGUUGCUUUGUUUCUGCUGGAGAGAUAGAGGUGGCUGCAGACAGAGCUGACAGCACAACAGUGUAUUACCUGCUGUUUAAAGUAUUUAGGUUGAGUACAACUGUUUCCUAAUAAGUUAUGUUUAUUUUUGUUCGUUUUUUUUAACUGCAUUGAGUUCUGAAACAAAGAGUCCCUUUUUCUGUUUUAUUUAAGAACUCAGACAGACUGGAGCGCGAAAGUUACUCCUUGGAAAAGUAAAACGAGUCUGCUGUUUGUUUUCUUUCAUUAUCGCACUAGAAGUGCUGAUUUUAUAUGAACGGGAAUUCUUAAACAAAUAAUACAUUAAAAUCAAACAGGAUUCCGCUACUCGAGUCUCAAGCUAACAGUCAGUGAAGAUGGACGUCAGCGUCUCCGUGUCGUUCUUUCAAGACGAGCUCGCCUCUACCAUCGAGCACGCAGUGAAAGCGGCUGUAGACACCGUCUUGUGCCAAAUCACAAAAGUUGUCGGCGGCAAAUUCACUGAAUUCCGAAUGGAAAUGGCUGGAAAGGAGAAAGAGAAUGAAAGUCUGAAGCUGAGAUUGGAAAUAUCAGAGAGCGAGUUGAAAGCAGUGUGGGAAUGCAUGAACGCUGCAGAUGCAGACAUUAAACAACCUCUCAGAAACAUGAACCCCGACUGCAAUGAACAAGACUUUCAGAGGAACGAGAACCAGGGAUUAUUUCAAGAUCCAAAAGACAUCCGUUCUAUGCAUAAAUCUAAAGCAUAUGAAAUGUCAAGGAUGGAAGCAGUUUACACACAAGAGGAGCCCUUUGACCAGGAGUGGUGUGGAAGUCUAAAGCAGGUUACAGAGAUGACGUUUGUUAAAGAUGGAGAGGUCCCUCGACUGGAUUGUGUUCCUAUUAAAGAGGAAUUCAUAGAACAGGAAUGUGUCCCCAUCGCAGAGGAAGUUCCUGCUGAAAAUAAUGUCUGUACACUUGAGGAGAACAACAAGCUGGGAUCCAGCCUGUGUGAUGAUUGUCCACCUGCACGUGAACUGGGAUUUGGAGCUGCUAAAGGAAAUCUCACAGGAGGGACUCCAUUUCCCUGUGCUGAUUGUGGGAAGAGUUUCAAUUCUUUAUCACAGCUUAAAAUCCACCAGCGUGUUCACACAGGUGAUAAACCUUAUCACUGCUUUGAGUGUGGGAGGAGUUUCACGCAGUUACAAAAUCUUAAAAGACACCAGCGCAGUCACACAGGAGAGAAGCCUUAUCACUGCACUGUGUGUGGGAGGAGUUUCACACUAUUACAAAAUCUUAAAAUCCACCAGCGUGUUCACACAGGAGAGAAACCUUAUCACUGCAUUGAGUGUGGGAAGAGAUUCACAGUGUUACAAAAUCUUAAAAGACACCAGCGCAGUCACACAGGAGCGAAGCCUUAUCACUGUACUGAGUGUGGGAAGAGAUUCACACAGUUAGGACAUCUUCAGUCACACCAGCGCUUUCACACAGGAGAGAAACCUUAUCACUGUGCUACAUGUGAGAAGAGUUUCACAUAUUUAAUUUCCUUGAAAACCCACCAGCAAACUCACAAAAAAUAAAUCUAAUCAAUGUAGUGAAUGUCUGAAGAGUUUCAGCCACUUAUCAAACCUUAAGAGACACCAUAAAAUUCACAGAAGAGUGAAGUCCUACCCUGCACUGAAUGUAGGAAGAUGUUCAGUCAGUUACAGGGUCUUGAAGGACACGAGAAAAUUCACAGAAUUUCAGCCACUUGAGGACACCUGAACACCAGGAGUAGAUUUGACUAAAAUACAGUAUUUACUGAAAACAAAAGAAUAAACUUACUUGAUAAAUAGUGUUGCAUCACAUUAGUAAUCUUUGAAAUAGAUUGUAAUUGCAUCUGCAAAAUUCCACUUUUGUCUCAUUGUGGCAAAGUGGUAAUUAGUGCGCAGGUGCAGUAAUCCAGUGAUGCAGACAGACAACAAAGUACAGGUGAAAUGGUUUCUUUUUAUUAUAAUCCAAUGGGCUGAUGACCAGGCAGUGUGGAGUAGUGGGCAGGGCUCUGGACUCUUGACCAGAGGGUCAUGGGUUCAAUCCCAGGUCGGGGACACUGCUGCUGUACCCUUGAGCAAGGUACUUUACCUAGAUUGCUCCAGUAAAAACCCAACUGUAUAAAUGGGCAAUUGUAUGUAAAACUAAUGCGAUAUCUUGUAACAAUUGUAAGUCGCCCUGGAUAAGGGCAUCUACUAAGAAACAAAUAAUAAUCAUUAAACACCUUGAGAACUGCAGUUUGUGUGCUGUGUUUCAAAUGGAUUCCAGGCUCAUGAGCUGCUAUGAUAUUAGUCUGUUUUAAGAAUCUCUUUAGCUGUUGUUUACUAAACUCUCAAAUAAUGUGGCAAUAACUAAGUACAAAUAUAGGUCUGCAAUUGUUGGAGUUCGAACGGUCACCUUUAAAAUAGGGACAACGUGCAGAUUUCCAAAUUGAUGGAAUUGUAUUUGAAAUAAGAGAUUAUGUAGAUCGGCUCAUGGUUGUGCAAUAAUCCAUGCUGCUACCUUUAAAAAUAUGGGUUAAUUCGUAAACUCUGGCAGUAGUGUGUUUCUCUGUAUAAUUGUACCUGUGUGUUAAUAAUAAAACCUGAUUACUGUGAUUUGAAA